AUGGUGCAGCAGUUAAGACCUGUCAGAAACAAAGCCUGCAGCAUUAUCCAUGUCCAGUCGGACCUCAGCAUUGUAUAUCUGCCACUUGAGAAGGCUGAAGUGCAUGCCGACGUAGCAGAUGUAUCUGCCAUUGUUACUGUCACUCAGUACUUUCUGCAAUCCUUCCCAACAGGCAUUCUCCAUGCCAAGUAUAUCUUUCCUGUUCCUGCCAAGUUGGCUGUAUGCGGCUUCCAGAUGACUGUGGAGGACAGCACUGUCAUCACCACCAUCACCAAGGAACGUGACGAGGCUAAAAGAGACUAUAAGAAUGCUGUUCAACUCAGGCAGACCACUGGCCUUGUUGAGCUUAUAACCAACGAUGUCUUCUCCAUCUCUGUUGGAGCCCUUCCCAUAGGCAAGAUGAUUACUACCACAGUUACUUACAUGCUCAACCUCAUGGAGGACGACGCUACCAACCAGAUCAGACUGCAGAUCCCAAUUGUCCUUUCUCAUGGUGCAGCAGGUCAUAAGAGAAUUCUGCCUCAUCACAUCAGCAUUUCCAUUGAUGUCUGCAUGCAAGACACAGCCAGAAGUAUUGCCAGCCCAACUCACUUGAUGCUCACCAUCCUGGAUAACAGGUCAAAUGCGAUGUCUCAUAGCUCGCAAUACCUCUCCCAAGACUUCCUUACCCAAGACUUUGUCUUGUGCAUCGCUGCUGAUGGACUAGACACCCUGCACUGCGUUGCUGAGUGUGCAUCCACCAGUGCAGUUGCUAUGCAGUUGAACAUUGUGCCCAAGUUCAACUUGCUGCCAAUUGUAAACCAAGAAUACAUCUUCCUAGUGGAUUGCAGUGGCAGCAUGGAAGGUAGCAGGAUUGAGACUGCUCAGCAUGUGCUCGUGAUGUUACUCAGGGUCCUGCCAAGUUAG